ACAACCUCUCCUGCAUUUUAUUUUCCCCAAAAUGAUCUUUCUCAAGGAAGAGUCUCACAACAAUCCAUGUGGCAAAACCAGUAGGCAGUGCAGGGGGUGGGACAGAAGGGAUGGUGGGGAGUUGGGGAGUAGGUUUUGCUGCUGAGGCUUCCCCGUGGUCACUGUCCCUUGGCUGCAUUGCUGUCCUAUCACCACACCUGAUUUAGGCUUUUAUGGGUCAUUUCCACUUUGAUCUGGGCUCUGGUUUUGUUCUGUGUUCUCUCCUUCGGGAGAAGGGUUGCAGGUGGGAGAUCCCCACACAGCAAUCCACUCCACCCUCUGCUCCCCAGGCUGGGAAAUAUCAGGAGCACCUGAAAUGCUUGCCAGAAGUUUUGGAGCCAGGAACUCCCCCGGAGGCUGCCCAGCCGACUUCUGUGUGCCCAAAUCCGAGUGUGCAGCCCAGGGCUGGCCCCAGCCUGGCUCCGAGCACCCGCAGUGUCCCCACGCAGACGCCGGGGUCACCCCUGGGCUCCUGUGACACCUGCUCCGGCGCCCAGGCCAGCCUCCGCGAGGUGGGCAGAGCCAUCACCAGCAUCUGCCAGAGCCAGAACAUCCCUUCAGCUCUCAGCAAAUUCCAGGAGGUGCUGGAGGACAGUGCCGGGAGAAGGAACCUCUCUGCAACAGACAUGAGCUACUGGGCCUCGGAGCAGAGCAAGGACCUCUCCCGGAUCAACAAACACCUCCAGGAGCUGCUGCAGCAGGUGAACCCCGUGAAGGCUGAGCUGGAAGAGAUGGGCAAACAGAAGAAGAAGCUGCAGAAACAGAUUGAGGACUUUUCCAGGAAGCUGCAGGUAGAGAAGGACACCCAAGCAGAGCAGCAGAAGAAGGCUGAGCAGAGCUUGAAAGCCAAGGAAAAGGAGUAUUCCAAGGCUGUGGCCAGGCUGGAGCAGGACAAGGACGACCUCAGGAGAGGAGCUGCUCUGCUGGAGGAGCGACUCUCAGCCCUGAAGGAGGAGCUGGCAGCAAAGGAGGUGGCUGUGCAGGAGCUGGAGCUCUCCAAGACCACCUUGCUGGAGGAGAUGAGGACCACAAUGGUGGCCCAGAGCCAGGUGCUGGAGUUAGAGGAGAAGGUGCAGGUGCUCACAGGCCAGAGGGACAGCCUGGAGCAGGAGCUGAGUGCCAGCAGCAUGCAGCUGGAGAAGGAGAAGGUCCGUGUGGAGAGCAUGUUCCGGCACGAGGAGUCCCUGCAGGCCAAGCAGAGGACCCUGCUGCAGCAGCUGGACAGCCUGGACCAGGAGCGUGAGGAGCUGCAGGCCAGCCUGGGAGAGGCCGAGGAGGACAAGGCCCGGCUGGUGGAGCAGCUGGAGCAGAGCCAGGAGCAGAGUGGGAAACAGCUCCAGGCACAGCAGGAGCUGCUGGACACGCUGCAGCAGGAGAAGCUGGCACUGGAGCAAUCCAUCCUGGAGCUGCAGGCAAACACAUCCCGGCUGCAGGAACAGGCACAGGAGCUGAGGGAGCGGGAAAGGCUCCUGGUGUUCUUCCCCGAUCUCCACACGCCCACUGAGACGCCGUUUGAGAGCAGUGGGAACUUUACAGAGGACAUGAAGAGUCAGCUCCAGGCCAACAAGAUCCGGAUCGAGGUGCUGGAGCGGGAGAACGCGCAGCUCGAGGCUCUGCUCGCCAAGGUGAAGGCAGCAGCUGAGCAGGGCGUGCUCAAGCUCGUCCCACAGGCCCAGCUGGGGUCCCAGCUCCACAGGGAGGCCAGCAGGGAGGACACUGGGCGGCUCAGCAGCGGGAGCAGCAGGGACAGCACAGGAAUGUCAGGAAGCAUUGACAAGGCCUGGCACAGAGCUCCCAGCAGCCAGCACUCCAAGAAACUCCGGGCAGAGCCCACACCCCAGGCCAAACCGUGCCUCACGCUCCCAGUGCGACGCCUGGGGCUUGGCCUCCCCUCACUCCACACCGGGGCUCACCGCAAAUAAACACGGAUCAGUCUGAAUUUCCUGACAGAGAAAUUGUUCCACCAGCAGCCACCUGCCCUGCCCAGGGGACCUCGUUACCUGUUCUUUGUGCGUCAGGAAGGGAAACCUGGGCUCUGCCUGGUUCCUUGGGGAGCUGCUUUAGGGACGUUCCUGGGCACUGGGAUCAGUCGCUCAUGGCUACGCUGCUGCUGGAGUCCUCAGAAGAGCCCUGGGGCUGAUGCCAGGGCACAGCGUGUGCUAGCUCCUGCCAGGAACCAUUCCCAAGAGGGGACUGGGAUGUGGCCACACUUGGAAGAGGAAAGCUGAGCUGGCCUGGGAUGAGAGGAGUCUGAACCACCCUCAGCCCACCAGCACAGGCAUAACCUGGGAAAGUUAUUCCCCC